CAGAUAUCAUCAACAAGACUUCUCUGAGAUGUGUACUGAGAAGCAUACUGAAAUGCAGAGUUCAUAUCUAGAUGGGCACUGCCCACCCCUUACGCCUCAAGCCCAGUGGACCUCUUGCUCUUCUCACUUCAUCUCAGCACCUCCUCCCAGAGGACCUGAACUGACACAUCAGGGAUCCAUGCCACAUUAGAGGGCAGAGCAGUAAGAGCCAGAUGUUACUCUACACAUACUGGGUCUGAAUUGUAGCCCCACAAGAAGGCUAUGGGAUAGAGCGUUUGAUGAGUUCCUUUAGAUUGAGUUGUCAGCUGUGACCUCUCUGAGGAAGUGAUCUGAGCUGAGAUCUAAAAGGCAAGAAGGAGUCGGCUGUGUGAACAUCUGUGGAAAUGAAACAUCUGGCAUAAAGAUCUUAAGACCAGCAGGCUGACGAUGGCUCGCUUCACACAUACCACUCAAGACUUCUGUACAGUGUAAAAUAGAAGAUCAAAAGCAGACUUCUCAUAAUGAGCAACUCACCUCCCAUUUGAAGGAUCAAAUCUUUUCUGAAAAAGUGUGGUAAGGCCAACAUUCAGUCACAUGCGGCAGAGCCGGGCACAUGGAGGACAGCUGACUCCACAGAACCAGGGACUUGGGUCUUUAAUGAGCUUUGCCUGCAUGGAUGUAGACAGCCUGCCUAUCCAACAGUGAGUUGAGAUCAGCCUCAGUCUACCCAGCAAGUGAGAGUGAAGGCUGGUGAUGUCCACAUGAAAAGUAACUCUUUUCUAGGUUUUGCAAUGGAACAGAUAUGGUUGCUCUUGCUUCUAACAAUUAGAGUGCUUCCAGGGUCUGCUCAGUUCAAUGGCUACAACUGUGACACCAACCUCCACAGUAGAUUUCCUGCUGAAAGAGACAUCAAUGUCUACUGUGGGGUCCAGGCCAUUACAAUGAAGAUUAAUUUUUGCACAGUACUUUUCUCCGGUUAUUCUGAAACAGACCUGGCACUGAAUGGAAGGCAUGGGGAUUCCCACUGCAGGGGGUUCAUCAAUAACAACACCUUUCCUGCAGUGGUCAUUUUCAUCAUCAAUCUCAGCACCUUGGAGGGCUGUGGAAACAAUUUAGUGGUAUCCACAAUUCCUGGAGUCAGUGCUUAUGGAAAUGCAACUUCAGUACAAAUAGGAAAUAUUUCAGGAUAUAUUGAUACUCCAGACCCACCAACAAUCAUCAGUUACCUACCUGGACUUCUUUACAAAUUUAGUUGUAGUUAUCCAUUGGAAUACCUGGUUAAUAAUACCCAGCUUGCUUCGUCCUCAGCUGCUAUUUCUGUGAGGGAGAACAAUGGUACAUUUGUCAGCACUUUGAACCUGCUCCUUUAUAACGAUUCAACCUACAGUCAGCAGUUAAUUAUCCCGAGUAUAGGAUUACCUUUGAAAACCAAAGUAUUUGCAGCUGUACAAGCCACUAAUCUGGACGGCAGAUGGAAUGUCUUAAUGGAUUAUUGCUACACGACCCCAUCAGGGAACCCAAAUGAUGAUAUUCGAUAUGAUCUCUUCCUUAGCUGUGACAAAGAUCCUCAAACCACCGUCAUUGAAAACGGCAGGAGCCAGCAGGGCCGCUUUUCCUUUGAAGUGUUCCGAUUCGUGAAACACAAGAAUCAGAAAAUGUCCACUGUCUUCCUGCACUGUGUUACCAAGCUCUGCAGAGCUGAUGACUGCCCCUUCCUUAUGCCAAUUUGCGACCACAGAGAAAGGCGAGAUGCGGGGAGGAGGAUCACCUGGAGCCCCCAGAGCACUUCUGGAAAUGCUGUCCUUUCUGCAGGGCCCAUCAUUACUCGGAGUGAUGAGACUCCAACCAACAAUUCACAGCUUGGUUCUCCAAACGAACCUCAUUUCCAGCUGAACGCCAUCACCAGUGCACUGAUAUCAGGAAUGGUCAUUCUGGGAGUCAUGAGCUUUUCCCUCCUCCUGUGCUUACUGGCCCUUCUACACAGGAAGGCACCCACCAGUUUGGUAUUGAACGGCGUACGAAACCCAGUCUUUGACUGACUGUCACAGUCCCCUGCUCUCGGGAGAAGGCUUCACUGGGUCUACAGUGACUGCAGUCAGUGUUCUAUCUGAAUUGAAUGCCAGCCAGCAUUUGAUAUUUGUAGGUUUGAUAGACUUCAGUGUAGCUUGUUAGCAUGACAAUAGUGAGAGAAUUUUGAUAGUAUUGCUCUUGUCACUUACGUUUGUGGUCAGGCCUGUUUGUAUGGCACCCGUGGGUAUACUGAAAAUAAGCAAACAACAUUCAGGACUUAGAUCUUACAGGAUCCGUCAUUAUUUCAUUUCAUUUCAACUUUCUUUUGAUUAUUGGUUUUAUAGAUAAAAGGUGACCAUAGGAAAAAAAAUAAAUUUGUUGCAAUUUUAUCCCCUAAGCAUUAAAAUCCACUGUGAUGGCAAUUAGAUUUGCAUAUGUGGUCCUGAAAUGAAAGUUGCUUUUUGUUUUAUUCCAGAUAAUUGCAGCUUGGGGAUAGGUUUUAAUUGGACCAGCCAAUUUGGACACCUGAGAUUUAAUUUCUCAUUCUAUGACCUCCUAUGUUUUUGGCUGAUUUCCGUGUCUGAAAACAUUCAUUUGAAAAACAAAAAUACAACUCUUGGGUAUUGUAUCCUAACCUGGAGGGAGCAUCCAUUUGUGUAGCAAACACUAAAAUUAGUCGUUAACCUCUAAGGGAUACUGACACUAGGUCGUUAUUCAUUUGAUAGAAGAAUCUGUGAUCCGUUUUCUCCUGGUUCAAGUGAGAACAUCAACACGUGUUCCCUCUGCUCCCAAGUAAACCACUCAGCUGCUACUGCAGCUGUGCUUCCAGACUGCAAAGAUUAUUCUUAAUUCAGGAACCAUUACAUGGGAAAACAAACAGUAGUUGUGGGAGAGGACAUCGUCCCCACACACAAGCAUAGCGUUCCUAUGUGGGUUUUUAAAAACCUAAGUUCCAUUUUUUUCCCCUAGAACAAAGAGGAAACAGGUUAAAUGUUUUUGCAGAAUUUUGUUGGAGUCUCCAUGAAAAAAAUGUCGCUUUUCUUACAAAUUUCUGAUGUAGACAAAACAUGUAGUCUGGAGGAGGCCUACUUUUGCAGGUGUCUCCUUUAAGGCAUCAUGAUUGCCAUGGAAGAAACAGUAUUUUCCUCUAAUAGUAAACUGCAAGAAGCAUUUUAUUUUUUAUCAGUUUUGCAAAAAAUUUUAAAAAGCCAAGUUUUAAGCUUAUAUUCUUACCAAAAAAUCAAGCUUCCCUUUGUUCAAUCUAUCUACACAAUGGAACAAAUAAAACAAUUCAAUGACAAACACCAGUACCUAGCAUGUGCAGCUACUAGAAGUGCUGUUUAUAACUGUAGAAAUUGCUGUGGAGACUAAUUGUUAUUCAACAUUUGUGACCUAUUAUUCAGGACUUAAUUUUAGUAUACUACAUGCAAAUCACUAUGCAAGCUUAGAUUUGUUUCAAAUGAAGUGUCUAUGCUCUGAUGUUAAUAAUUAAAUCAAUCAUCACAUCAAAAAAAUACCUUUUCUCCAAUUUGCCUGAAUAGUUCAGAAGAAAGUAUUUAUAUUACUCUAAUUAGCUAUAUAAUUGCCUCAACUUUCUCUUUCAAGGUAUAGACACAGUCAGAGGGAAAUAGGUUUUGAAAAGUCUCCUGAUAACUUCUUCAAUAUAACAGAGUCACAAACACUUAAAAAGCCAAUCUCCUCUUCCUCAUGUUACUUCAAAAUAACUUUGAAGUGACCAUUCUGAACUUUAUCAGUGUUAGCAAUUUAUUUACAGAUUUAAAGGGGGAAAUCUUACAGAAAAAAAUAUGGACCAUGCUACUUAUGUGACCCUCCAUGUACACGGAUAGUAUUGAAAUAUUCUGGUAAAUCUAUUUCAGAUACUUUAAGUGAAUUGCCGUUGAUCCAAGGAUUAAAUCCUGUGAAUAGUACAUUAUAUCAUUGAAACUGGUUUGUCAGUUUGAUUUUUGUGCUUUGGGGAUAGUUACUGUUUCAGCUAUUAACCCGUUAAAUUCUAUACACCAUUUUCUAAAACUGAAUGAUGCACAUAUCAGUUUGCAAGUAACUUAAAUCUCAUAUUAUUUUUUGCCACCUUUAUAACAUAAGUGGGAUGUCCAAAGCUAUAAUGAGACAAACCAGGUUUGCUUUAAAUAGCUUUGUUCUUAUAAACCUGCAGUUAUAUGUAGUAUUUAGUUAUACUGAAUAUUCCAGUUACUAUAGCGUGAAAACCUUACAAAAUAUGUGCAAAUAUUCCUUCAGUUUUAAUACCUCAAACUGUUUUUUGCAUUUCAGGGGUAAGGUCUGAUGACAUGUAAAAGAUGAUUGUUCAAUAAAAUAAUUGUAAGUGGUAUCUUUAAAACUGAUUUUUUUUUAAUUUAUUUUGUUUUUAAGAUAUAUCUCCAUCCUACUCUCACCAUUCUAUUCCACUUUCACAAACAUUAAGAAAGGUUAAACUUAAAAUAAGCUGCCUAAUGCAGGGAAGGGCAGUAGCUCUAGGCUAGAUGAAGCCUGCCCUCUCCACACUGAACUUCCGCAGCCCUGUGUUGGGAGCAUAUUCAUGAGACCAGCUGAGGGUAAAGAAGUACUUUACCUUGUGUCUGAGCUCUGACUAAAACUGAGCCUACGAUUUUUAAAACUUUGAGGGGAAAGUAAAAACUGGAAAGACAGGAGCUCAGCUUCUGCCCAGAGUUGCAUAGUCUCUCAUGACAGUUCCGUCAGGGUCUGGCUGCCACCCCUUGUUUUGGAAUAUGACAAAGAGUUGAGGAGAAAUCCUUUUCCUCACUCAGGGAGAAUCCAAUCUUACAGAACUGAGUACUAGUCUGGGUCCUCAAGUAUUGGCACUUAGCUUUGGGAGCAUCACAGACAUGAUGGUCCAUGAAGGGGCAUUGUUAGCUGUGGAAAAUGUAAGGCAGUGAACUUCUAGAAGUGAGAAAAGAGCAGGAGAAGAAGUAUAUGGGAGACAUUUGUGAACACACACAAGGUGUAGUUUGAAGGAUUCUCAGAGCACUUGGCAGGAGAGAACUGUAACAGGAUGGAGAGCCUUCUGUCAAGAUGAUAGAGGCUAUUAGGCUAGCACACAUUUGCUUUCAUUUUAUAUUUAUAAGGAAAACAGGAAGCUGACCAUAGAUCAAUUGCUUUUGAAAAUGAAGUUCCUCAAUUAUUUACGAGUGGGGAGACAUUUAAUACAAAACAAUCCAAAUUUGUAAUUUAGAAAAGUAUAUACUUGGGUAGUAAACAAAAUAAGUACCAGGACUGGCUGGUGUAUUAGGGUUCCCCAGAGAAAAAGAACUAAUAGGAUGUAUGCAUAUAAAGAGAUUUAUUUUAAGGAAUUAGCUUUCAUUAUUAUGGAGGCUGACAAAUCCCAAGAUCUGCAGUGGGUAAGCUGGAGACACAGGAGAGCUGGUGAUGUGUUUCCAGACUGAAAGCCAGCAGGCGCAAGCCCCAGUAGAGCUCUUAUUUCAGUUCUAGUCCAAAGAAAGGACUAAACCAGUGUCCCAGUUGGAAAGGCAGUCAGGCAGGAGGAACUUCUUGUAGUCAUGGGAGAGUUAGACUUUUUAUUCUAUUCUGAUUUUCAACUGAAUAAAUAGGGUCCACUCACAUUAGAGAGGGCAACCUGCUUUACUCAUGUAUUCAAAUGUUAGGUCUCAUCCAGAAACAUCCUACAGACACACCCAGAAUAAUGUUUGACCAAAUGUGUGGGCAACCUGUGGCCCAGUCAAGUUGACACAAAAUGAACCAUCACAGCUGGUAAACUUGCAAACACACCAUUAUUAUGUGUCACACUACUAAAAUAUAAAACGUCCUAAUGAACCCAGCCAUAUUAAGGGAAUGAAUAAAUAAAAAUAUUACAAAAUUUGAUAAUCUCCUCUUGAAAUUACUUUGAAAUAUUUAAUGUCUGGAGGUAAGGGCUUGUGAGCAGAGGGUCCUCUUUCAUAUUAGCUAAAAGUAUGGAUCAAACAGAGAAAAAACAGGGCUAUGAGUGGGUGGGAAGUGAUGUGCUUGGAAAUUAUGCUGAAUUAUCUCUCCUUUUCAUGAGAAACAGGGCAGAAGGAGGCCUGGCAUCAAAGUACUGAUUGGACCUACAUCCUGCAGGGUUGGUGUUGAGGGAGCAGGUGGCCAAGGAGUGGAGUGAGUGAUGUCAUCAGCAAUGACAACAGGCCAGAAGCAGUGAAAAGCAUAAAACAGCAAAGCAUAGAUAAUAGGGGGCAAAUGCAACAAGGAAAGUGUUGAACCCUGGGAGGAGAGGCAGCUUCUCAGAGGGCAUGUGUUCAUUGGUAGAAGACAAAAACAAAUCUCUGGUAGCUGUUACCCAUGUUUCUCAUGAUGGUGACUUGUCUCCUCCAGAGACUCAAAGGAAGUGGAAACUGGAUAAAUAUGUUAUACUUGCAUGUUUGUGAGAAUAUCUUGCCUGAUCUUUACAAAUUUGAGUAAUACAGGAGAAAUAAAAUUGCCUUGAUUAAUACCACUUUUUGCUGAGAUAGCAAGGAGAGAAUUGGUUUGGGUACUAGACACAAUAUUUGGAAAUCUCUGUUCAAUAAACUUCAUUUAGAAAAUGCUUUGUAUUCUUGGCGAAGUGAAAUUGAGAACUCAGAUUGUUAUCUGCAUAGUUCAAACCUCCAAUUCCCUUUUACCUCAAGUAUCUGGAUAUUUUUUGUUUUACUUAAAUUGCCAACAUAAUUAUCUCAAUUUUCCCUUUCAUUUUCUAUGUUGAAAAGAGAAGUUACAUCAUUAUAUGGAGGUUUAGUCAAAGGGAACUUGGAUCAAAUGUUGAGGUUAGUUUUCAUCAGGAGCAUAGCUGUGUUAGCAAUGCCCAAAGCACAAUCUAUUACUGAAUAAUCCUGCUCAUUUGGCUAAUCAACUAACACUGGAAGAUCCUGGGAGAGUUUGGGUUUGACAAUUUCACGCAACUCUGACUCAAAGUUAUACAGGUCGUGAAGCCAUUUCUCCCUUUGCGUGUAGUUUUCUAACUUUAGAAAUUAUUUACCACUUGGGAAUUGGAACUGAUUUUAUUUUAAAAGCUAUUGUUUUGCUAACAUAUAUUUUGUUGUUCAUAAAAUGAGAUGGCAGAAUGCCCACUGAGAGAGAAUUGAACCCAGUGAUUUCUCUUAAAUUCUAUAAAGAUAAAUCACAAUUAGUUUUUGCAUCACCCUCACUCUCAUAACGCAAUA